UCAGGAUCAGGAAUUGAUAAUGAUGCAAUUUUUAUCCGCUUUGGCGUCACUCGCAACGGAAAUCAACUCGUGGAGGAGCCCGGCCCACCGGCGUAGAUGUUGACGGUGGCAGGGCAGUGCCAAGCUGGAUCUGCCGGACGGACGCGCUUGAUGAUUCAUGAAUGACGGAGUGAGUGAACAAACAGAAACAAGUUAUUUCGUAAUCGACGUGCAAUAAUGAGGAAGCCCAUUCGUGACGUGAAUGCCCGGCUUACUGCUUUCAGAUCUUGGACCAGGUUUUCCUCCAUUGUAAUGGACAAAAUUAGAACAUGACCUGAAUUAUUUCCUUGCUACCACUGAGGCGAUACUAGUUCUCUGAAUGACUGUCUUCUUGUCAAUCUGUAUUUAGCUGGAAUCAGAAUCUGCAUCAUUGCAUUUAUUUGUAAACAUUUCACUGUCUGACUGGAAACUUAAUAUGCCGAGAAGUGUGAUCUUUUAAAAAAUGAUGCCACUGUUUUGCAAAUUUUACUACUAUUACUAAGUAUCCAAUUCAAUUUCUUUUGAUGUUCCCAAAGUUCCAAGAACUUCAAAUCAAAACAAUCAAAUCAAUUUUGACUCCUGUCAAAGUCGAGGACUGCUUUGCUGAAAUAAAACAUUGCGGCGUGAAGCUAGAAAAAGUGAUCUUUACUAGUGUGGAUUGACGUGACGUACACUCGAUUCCGUAUUCUCAGAAUUUAGGAGGGAAGAUAUUCUCUUUAUUUUUCAAAUUUAGCAGGGUUCUGCAAUAGAUUUUACUUCAGUUCAACUCAAAGACAAUAUGUCAUUUCGCCGGAUGUUGAAAGGAGCCAGUGGGCGGAGCUUGGCGUCCAAGGAACCAGAGCCGGGUGACCAAUCAACAGAGAUCACUGUCCACCCUGAAACUCGCAAUCCAACGCGUGUAUGGGAUACCAUACGAUACAAACAGAAGGUUGAUGUGGUAAAGCCUAUCGAUCCAGCCACACCCAAACCAAGAGACCAUGUGCGGUUUGUGUGUAUAUCGGACACGCAUUCCAAGACUGGUGCCAUGCCAGAGAUACCGGAGGGGGAUGUGCUUAUUCAUGCCGGGGACUUCACCAAAAUUAGCCGCAGGAAAGAAGUGGUAAAUUUCAAUGAGUUUCUAGGUCACACAAGGUUUGUAUGCACAUCAGAUACCUUCUCAAAGACAACGUAUCUAAGCAAGGUGGUCCCGCCCGGCGAUGUCUUUAUUCAUGCUGGAAGCUUCAAUAACGUUGGCCUCCCAAGAGAAGUCACUGCAUUCAAUGAGUUCCUAGGUACACUACCUCAUCGUCACAAGAUCGUCAUCGCAGGCAACCAUGAACUAACCUUUGAUCAGCAACUCAUGUCAGAAAGGAAUAGCCAUGUCUUCAUGAGCUUUGCCUCAGCGUUUGAAGGACUCAAGAAAAAUGAAUGGAAGGAAAUUCGAUCUCUACUUACAAACUGCACCUACUUAGAAGACUCUCAGACACAUGUAAUGGGAUUUAAGAUCUAUGGAUCACCAUGGCAACCAGUGUUCUGUGAUUGGGGUUUCAAUUUACCCAGAGGCCAAGCACUUCUAGAUAAAUGGAACAAGAUUCCUGAGGAUACUGAUAUACUGAUUACCCAUGGCCCACCACUUGGUCAUGGGGAUCUAGCGAGCAACGGCUGUCGGGCGGGGUGUGUGGAGCUCUUGUCUACCGUCCAGCGACGCGUCCGCCCGAAAUACCACGUCUUCGGCCACAUCCACGAGGGCUACGGGGUCACGACAGAUGGCCAAACGACGUUUGUCAAUGCUGCAAUAUGUGAUGUUCACUACCGUCCGUGCAAUCCCCCCAUAGUCUUUGAUCUUCCAACGCCUCGGGUUCCGACGGUAGAAGCUGAAAGCUCAGUGUAACACGGAAUGUUGAAUAUGUAAUAUGUUUUAUUUAUACCUCUAUGAAAAUGAGAGCACUGCUCGGAAACUUGCGACCGGCUCAAGGAAUGGUCUGGCCUGUAUAAACAGAGCUUUAGUUAUUGAUUGUUUAAGUUGAUUUGUAUUAUUGAUUGUACAGUAUGACCUAUACAUGCAAUCAAUCAUGAUAAUAAUAAUAGUAAUAAUGCUAACAUUUGUAGGGCGCUUUAUACGGGUGUUUCAAAGUGGACAGGUGGGCUGACUAAAGUAAACAAUGAAUCCAGGAAAAAAAGUCAUAAAACAAUUUGCCUUAUGAUUGGUCAAUAAUGCCUCAUUAACGUGUGAGAUUAUUAUUGUUUGAUGGAUUAGUCUUUUUUUUUUGGGGGGGGGCAUCCUAGACAGCUAAGGGGCCAUGAUGUUUGCGUUUACCGGUAUGUUAUUUAUGAGGCAACAUGGAGGCUCAAUAUGGAGCAGCGGAUCAGUCUUCUGACUUUGAAACAGAGGCUCGUGGGUUCAAAUCCCAGCCAUGGCGUGAUUUCCUUCAGCAAGAAACUGAUCCACAUUGUGCUGCACUCAACCCAGGUGAGGUGAAUGGGUACCUGGCAGGAACUUAUUCCUUGAAAUUCCUCCGCGCCGUGAAAGGCUGCUGGGCUAAGGCCAGGGUAAUAAUAUCCAAGUCCUUUGGCAGUUCAUAGGGACUUUAUGACAUGAUGUGAUAUGUGCUUCACAAUGUUGGAUGUGUGGGAAGUGACCAGGGAUGUGUAUCCGAGGCUAGCACUUCCGAGUCUCGUGGACACUGAAAAAUCAUUCUCCUGUAGACUUUGUACAGAUAAAUUGGCCUGAGGCCUAGGCCAGGGCUGGGAAAAUGUGGCCUAGAGGCUCGCCUUGACUUCAUCAUCGGAAGUUGAUACAUAUGUUCACUCUCAUGGAUGUUUCAAACAGGCCGAUGCAUUUAUUGAUCAAUCUUGUGUGCUGUAAAAGGCUGUCGGGCUAUUUGAAAAUGCCAGGGUAAAACUUUAUUCAAAGGUGUUUGUUAACAUAUUGAUAUUGAGUGACAAUGCUGCUAGAGAAAACCUCCUAUAGACUGUGUACACAUGACUCUACCUGAGACCAAGGCCGGCAGCAUGUGACCUAGAAGCCGGCCUCCACUUCAUCCCUUGAAGUUAAUACAUGUG